CGGAGACCCGGUGCGCGCCCGCCCGCUCCCGCCCCUGCGGAGCCGCGCAACUUCCCGGGAGCCGGGGCCAAAGUGAGCGAAAAGUGCUGCCCAAGUUCCCGGGAUGGAGCUGCAGAGCCGGCCCGAGGCGCUCGCCGUGGAACUCGCGCGCCACCAGAACGGCGACCUCAAGAAGCAGCUCCACGAGAGGCAGCCGCGGAUCGCCGCGCUCAGCGACAAACAAGUAAGCGAGCUGGAGCUGUCCCCCACCCCGCGCUGCGGGACGAGGGUCGCCGGGCACUGGGGCGGCACCCUACAAAGUGCCGGCCUCGGCGCCGCACGCUCCGACUCCCAAAGGAGUCUGUCUCCAGCCUCAGAGCUACCCGCCCCUCCUUUUCUGGAAAGAAAGAGCCGGGUUCCCGGAGGCCGAGCGGGGAGCGCGCGGCUCCGGCGGUGGUCGAAGGAGGGAGGCUGCGCUUAA